AUGAAAAUUUUACUUCAGGAACAAAGCAGUGGUUUCGACGACCCACAACAACGCGAGUCCAGUGAACAGACUACUCUAAUCGCCUUCCCAUAUCGUCGAAGAUGUUCGGCAGCUACCGUAAUCCUUUACGGCUGCAUUUUCGAGCGUCUUCUGCCGGCGCGCGUUUGUCGCACGUUCGUCGAUGUAAUUGAGACGGCUGCUAGAAAAACGUCGCAAGCGGCAGCCGCUGCGACGCUACCGUAG